AUGUCAUCACGAUUAUCCUAUCCGUGAAGGAAAUCGUUGAUCUCCACCGUUCCGUGCAAAGACUAGCCCCCGCACACCAGCAGCCUCAGAAUAGCACGAUGUUGAGCUAAGAAUAUAAUGUUGUGCAGGCUAUUAAACAUCGAUGCUUUACUUAAUAUGAAAUAAUUUACGAGCAGUAAACGGGGACAAGUAAGUGCGCUGGAAUCUUUAGUCAUUGUAUUCUGCAUUUAUAUGUAACCGAAAAGGAGACGUUUGUAGUAUUCAGUGAAGUAUGGAGAUGAGUAUAAUCAGGACCGAGAUGAGAUUGACAUAUGAAUUGACUGUAGCAUCCGACUUGAACAGUACAUUCAACUUGAUACUUUUAUAGCUUUUCUAAUAAAUCAACAACAAGAGCAGCGAACAUAAGCUUUGUUAGUGUUGACAAUGAAAGUAAAAUGGCUCUUGCCAUGGCCAGUACAAGAAAAUUUCAAUAGUUGCUUUAUUCCCUUAAUGAACAGAAAACGACACAACAUUCAACCCUCCAGUUCUGCUCUCUAGUCUACAAUUCGACUCAAACAUGAAUUUGCAAUUUUUAAUCACCUGCUAACCAUUUGCCUUUAUUCUGCAAACCCAACAGUCAGGCCAGAUUAUCUUCGCUCACGUUUCAACUUUAAAUUACUCCUAUUGGGUGUUCUCAAUAUCCUCUGAAGCAUUUCCAAAGGUGCCUUCCUCCUUAAGCCAUCGUUUCAAAGAUCACACGACCUAAAAAAUACUACGAGCUCUAGAGGGGAGAAGUGUAAGGUCUAUAUAUAUAUAUAAGUUUAGGUAGGAUGCUACUAAAACGGGGAACAGGGAGCGAGGACCGAGCACAGUUAGAAGAAGAUGAAAAUAGGAACAAAACCUAACUUGAACCCUAACCCUAUCAGGAAUUUCAUCUCAAAUUCUCUGUUUCGUUCCCAUUUUUCAUUUUGCCUUUCGACGUGCUCGUUGCCCGCUCCCUGUUUUAGUAACAUCCAGUUUAGGUUGCAUUCUCGUCACGUCGAACGCAAAAAGUUUCAUUUCGCUUUUCGUAGCACAAGAAAGGAGGAAUUACGUAAUUAAGCGAUAUAGGAAGAACAAUGAAUCUGCCAGAUGAUCGCAAUGUUAUUAUAUAUAUAUAUAUAUAUAUAUAUAUAUAUAUAUAUAUAUAUAUAUAUAUAUACAAAUGAAACUCAGUAGCAGGGAGCAUCUUCCACAUUACUCCUUAAUUUUGACGCGAAAUAUCAGCGAAAAUUUGUAAUUUCACAUGUGAAAUUACAAAAUUGCCAUGGCAACUUUCCAUUCGUCUCAGUGUCAAGAUGGCGACGAAGUUUUAAAAUGUCAUGAAUGAAGAUGCGAGGGGAUAAAAAGACGCUUUAGAAAACCUGAACCCCGGCACGAAAGAGCACAUUAAGAAGGAUUCUAACAGGUAUUUUGUCGAACAAUUCUGAACUUAAGCGAAAUUUCAGCUCUAAACGUUCGAGAGAGUGGAGUUCUCGAAUGAUACGAUCCAGGAUAAACAUGUCAAAAAUCCAAGAUUGCUAACGUAAUUCGUCACCCAUGAUGUUAAUAGGUAACCAAAUGGUAUACUCGUGAAAUUAGGGAAUAAUUUCACUUGCGUUUUUAUAAGGAUUUGGACAAAACGCGUGUGAAAUUAUUCCCUAAUUUCACCCGUCACAAUUUGAUUACACAUACUAAUAUUAUUUGGUGCACCCCGAUUUAGCUCUUGAAUUUAUAACUCUUAGGAAUAGCUGGAUGGCGGAUACCCUGAAAUCUAUAUCUACCUCUUUGAUCAACAAUAUACCAGACAUUGUGUUUUGGCUGUCCUCUGGGCAGACACGGUUACGAUAUUUCAUGCUGAUUUUACACUAAAACGUGGACAAUUAUUUGUCCACCGUACCUUCUCUCAACACUUGCUUUCAACACAUCCUGAGCCACUUAAUUGGCACUCAGCAUAAGCACAAUGAACGUUCUUCUUCUUUUUUUUGCUACUCAAACGAUUGCGUAUUCUUCCAUGAUUUUUUUAACGGCGAGUUAUUGUGGAAAAUUCAUAGGUUACUUAGAUUAUAGUCAAAGAUCUAAUCUUGAAAGAAUGUAAUUGUGCCCACAUUGGGCAACUCGUGUCAUUCAAGAAGAAAACUAUCUUACGUUGUCACUGUCGAUGAUUUUGUUGUUCAGUAAUCAGUUGCUCUUGUCCUAGAUUUCAUUAUUAAGCAAGUUCACGAAUUUCAAGAACAGAAAGUAUGAUCGCUAUGACGUUUUUGGCGACAAAGAUGGAUUCGUCUUUUCCAUAACUGAAUACUAUCACUAAGCGAAUAACUAAGAAGGGUCCAUUUACCAGACCUAUUUCAGCAGAGUUGCGACUUAUUGCUGGGAUAGUUUUUUUUCCUGCCAUGCAGUUUAGUUUCUAUCAUUGGCUAAAGCGAUAGCAAAAAACUUAUGCAGGCAACAGUAAUCAUUACUAUGCCAAAUCCUUGGGAGAUUCCAUAUUGUGCUCUUUCUCGUCCAGAACUCGACAGAACGAUGUCUAUCAUUUCGACUGCAACUAAGAGAUCCACCGCCAACUGCACACACAACUUAUAAACAUCGUCCUUGUUCUCCCCGGUCUCGUUUGCGUCGCUUGCAGUAUUCAGCAGCAAUAGCAACAGAAGUGGUGUUACACUAAGGGUUGCCUUUAAGAGCGUUGGACCAAGUGUUUUAGUGUCGUUGUUUACGGGCAAGACCGGCGCUCUUAGAAGGUCACAGAGAUCGUUAGCAGGUCUUAAAAGAUCAUCACACAGCGUUAAAUUUGCUGUUUCGUAAGAAACUCGUAGAGGUGCAUCACAACGAGUGACAUUUACAGUCGUGUUGUAUGAUUGGAGGUAUCCUGCACCUCCAAAGACGAUGCCAAUACUUGGAAUCAAUCCCGGGAAAAUAUACAAACCCCAUACACCAAAUGACCAACUUAGGUUUGCCUCCAGUCUAGAUGGCUUGGGUAACACAAGACAGAGCCACAGGAUCAUCGAUGGACUGUACAAAGUAAGCGCUAUACCAUACCAAUAAUCAUUUUCUGUGUAUUUUGCUGGAUAAGAGGCAAGCAGAAGGCCUUGGGUGACUGUCAGAGCGAAAAAUGUUCCACGCCCGAUCAUCUUAAACACGAAAGACAGAUCUAGAUUCAUGUUUCCAGUCUUCUGAGAAGGCAAAACGGUGGCAAAUGUAUUAAUGUCGCCUCAGCAAGAUUUAAAAUGCCACAGCAUUCGCUCACAGUCCAUAUAACUUCGUUCUUCCUUUAAAACCACGCCUUGCACUAAGGUAUUCACCAAAGGUUACUCGGCAUUUUCCCAGCUUUCGAUUUACGUGUCAGUGCCUUUGGAGCAGUCAGUAACAGUUUCUAAACACUAAUGCUUAGCAACAACAACGGCAGUAGUUACGAAAACUCAACGAAAAAAAAAACAAGAAAAUGUCACUUAAACAAAAGGGACGGUUGAAAGAUGUUUGUACUGCUAAGGCGACAGCUUUUCUCAGAAACUGCGCAAGCCUUCUGUUGCUUUUCCGAGAAGAGCUGUUGGGAGUAUUUUCCGUGCAAUUCCAACUGGACGAUACUUUUAACAAUCGAUCAGAAUAGCGAAUUCUUUUAAAUAACAAGAUUUUGAUCGUAAUGUAAAAAAAGGAAUAUUUAAAAACUAAUUAAAGAAGAACAUGUACAUCUGGGGUGAACUAUCUGCAUUUUAAUAUCAAAGAACAGAAAAGUCGGAACAAAUUACAAAUCACCUAAAUAUCACAAUAUUUCCUGAGAUGAUGCUUUUGAGCUUCUAGCUUUCUGAAGUUGUCUAACUAUAUUUAAUGUAUGAUACGUACUUCUGGUGUCUUUUAUUAAUUAUAGCGAAUCAAGGCUAUGUACUGUACUAUUUGACGAAAGCAGGAUUUGGAUGUAGUUUCAAGCAUAAUUCAGUGUAAUAUGCAACACCCCCAAAUUUUAUGAUAUUUCAAAAUAAUAGAAAUGAGGAAAAAGUUACUGAAAUAAACGUCCACAAAUUUAUGUCCAAGUCGCACACAAGCCCCGUAAAUCCUUAUCGGUUUCUCCCAUGCUGUGGUCGCCGAGAGCUGUCGUUUCGCUCUUAUUACCUUUUGUCACUUUUAGUAAAGCUAUAAAGAAAACCUACAAUGAUGUCUGGCAGAGCGAGUCAGUACUGAGCAGGCUCACACUCGAAGAUCAAGCCUGAUCAGCCUGAUUUCGCUGACUUCGCCGGAUCGAGUAUAGCUCUAAAGCGGAAAAAUAAAUUGCAAUCCCAUUCUUCGCGAUAAAUAUUGACUCCUCUUUCUUGUACUUGAAGAAAAUAACUAGACGAAUUACCAUGAACACCAAAUUGACAAAUACCAUUUGCACUACGUUACGGAACUUGGCAAGGCAUUUCCACUGCUCGACCUUUCCGUCGAUUAAUUUGUUUUCUGCCAUUUGCAAGAGAGACAGCAGGAAACUGAAGCAUGCAACUGCCACCAUCAAUCUUCCAAACCAUUUUGGAAUUCCAUGGCUAUUUUCGUUUUCGUCGAGAACUAUAUCAAGCAUUUCAACCGUGUCAAACAGAUCUAUGGUUACCUGGAUUGUCAGUCUGAAAGCAAGCUGUCGGUAGUGGUCACUUUCACUUAACCCCGAAGCUGUGUUCGGCAGAAACAGAAAGAGAACCGGUGUAAGGCACAAAAUUACCUUUAAUGUGUUGGGGCCGAGGAAUUUCGUCUUAUCGAGUUCGUCGCCAGCUACAGCAAAUAUGGUGGCAAUCAUGGGAAUCAAGAAAACUACAAGGUAGAGUCCCCAGGUGUAAAACAUUCUUAGAAGGCUUGCUUCAGUGCAGAGGCAACGGAUCCAGUAGAGCAGUGCUGGAAAGCAGAGAAGACAUAAAGCAGCCAUGUUCCUAUCUUGGUAAGUUGCUGGGUAUGCGGCAAGGAAUCCAGUCUGGAUCAUCAGAAGAGAAAAGAACAUAAACCGCCCUAUUGCCACCAAUGGUUUAGCUUUGAUACUUUCCCACAAAGACUCUCUUAUUUCAGAAGCCAUUGCAGAAUAAAACGUAUGAAUCGACAGCACGGAGAGCAAUGAAUAGAAAUGAUCAUUCGAAGCAAAUUUUUCUUUCUUUUCAUUGGCCGAGAGCCCACCACGUGACCCGCAAAUAACUGCCGACAAAUAAUGGUCUGCUCAUGUGCAAUGCCGUCCUACUGUGUUUGGCUGCAAAUAAUAUUCUGCACAUGCGUAAAGGAAACCGUGCUUUUCUCCUUCUAGCGACCGAUCUUGGGUGGAAAUGGCAGAUCGCUUCGCUUCCCGAGGAUAUUCAUUAAAAAACAAACUCGGUGAUCGAAUAAUAAAACAAUUAUUGAACUCGGUUAUCGCCAAACAUCCUGAUUUGUCAGUGUCUCGCAGAUCAAUUAUUUUCCUCAACCUUCGGCUUCGGCAAAUAAUUGAUCUGCUCACCACAGACAAAUCACGAUAUUUUGCUCAACCUCGUCCAAUAAUUGUUAAUUGUUUGGUGCGCAUAAUUUCUAGAAAAAACAGCUGACAAGUCAUCUUUUAUGUGAUGUCACUUACAGUAAUAAGGGCGAUCGGAUUUCUAAAAAUACAGCUGCUCUACUGUCAAUCAUUGUCAAUCUAGCUCUCUCAGCUAAAAAUACCACUGUGAGUGAGAGUAAAAUUGUUAAAAAAAAAAAUCCAUAAAAAAAAUAGCCUGAGUAUCAGGCGUUUCUGGGCAAAAAGGGGAAAGAUGGAAGGAAAAAAGGGACCCAUCUAAAAUCUCCUCUCCCCUAGCCCCUUAGGAAAGCCUGAUACUCAGGCUAAUAAAAAAUAAAUUUUGGACUGGCUAUAUCAACUGACACAAACACAAUUAUGUAUAUGACGUAGCAUACCAAAAAUGGUAUUUUCAUUGUUGAAUUGCGGUUACUCUUUUUCCUUUCUCAGAAAGAAGCGUUACACUUCUUUCUCGGAAAGGUCGUUACCGACCCAAAUUACAUUGGCAAGAUAAUGGCUUCAUUUCUUGUUUGGCUGGGACGAUUCGCCUUUUUUGUUUUAAUGGGAAUACAAUCUUUUUCGCUUGCUUCAUAUCCAGCGACAUACGAAGAUAAAGAUGGCUUUUACGCGUUAGUACUUCUCUACCUUCUCCCUCUUGGACUGUGGCUUUUUAUCAUGUGCAAAGACGACAACCUUCAAUGGCUGUUUGUUGUUUGGUUGCUGUAUACGAUUGUCUUCGUGAUCUUUAUUGGAGUUAUUUUUGGAGGGGAUGAACCACUUGAGAACAAACUUAAAAGGGAGGAAUUUUUUGGUCCAAAUGUCUUGAAGAUGACCCUAUGCCUAUCUCCCGUUCUACUGUUGCUGCUUUUGAGCACAGGUACAGAUUCGAUGUCUUACAUAGAGCUGACUGGGAUGCUCUCCCUUCGAAUUGCCCUGGAUCUGUUCGAUGCAGUGGAAAUGUUGGAAGUAAUUCUUGAAGAAAACGAACUAAGCCAUGAAAUUCCAAGAUCGUUUGAAGAAGGCAUAAUUGUUGUUGUAUGUUUCAGCUUCUUGUUGUCGACGCUGCAGCUGAUGGAGAUAAAGCUGGAUGGCGGCGAUUGGAAACCUCGAAAGUGUACAUCGGUAUCGCGAAAAACUCUUCAAAUUCUCUUUGUAAAUGGUGUAUUUCUGGUAUUGCGUUUAAUACUUUUCAGAAAGUACGGCAAAGAUGCAUCAAUUUUCAUCGCUAAAAAUGGUAUCAUAAUUUUCCUCAGCCUUUUUGAGAUAUGUUCCACAUGCAAGUGCUGUGGAUGUGAAGACUAUUAGUGAACGAUGCGUAACCUCGGACAGUUUUUCUUAGUCAUUUAUCAGCAAAACCACUUAAUUUUCGAGACCUGAAUGCUUUCGAUUCAGUAAUUGUAUGUGAUUAUCAGUUAAUGGAGUAGUAAAUGAAAAACAAAUGUUGCAAAUUAUAAAAUAUUAUAGCAGUGGACAGUAAAGUGUUUAUCACCCGCCUCCGUCAAUAGAAGGACUAAUAGUAAAAAAAAAAUUAAAGGACUUCUCUUGUUCUAAAAAUGACAAAAAUACUCAGUUUCCUGAAAAUAGCAUGAUUUGUUUAUGAUCAGUUGCCUAAAAAAUUAAAUAAGUUACAGCACUUGUGAAAUCUCUCAACUGUAGGUUUCCGUUACCUUUCUCGGAAAGAGAGAAUUACGAGAUCAAGUAAUUCUUGGAAAUUCCAACCGUCAGACGAAUUCGUCGCUGUCACAUUUUGUAAAGGCCAGUUUGAUAUUUACAAUAUCGCGGAUGUGGGAGAAUAAAAUCGGGAAAUUCCCAUAGGGAUAUAUUCAAUUCUGAGGGCAAAGUCCCUUGCCCCGUUUACACAAGAGAUGAAGUUUUGCUUUCUUAUUGGCUAAUCACGAGGUUAUAUAGUAACACUUCAUCCAGUUAGCAGGCUUUUGACAGACACAACGGCCUCAUUUCUUGUAUGCGGUGGACGUGCAUUGUUUUUUGCUUUGUUGGUCACUCAGAACUUUAUGCUGGCGGCUUAUCCAGCUACCUAUAAAGACGACUCCACUUGGUAUACUGUUCAUGCCAUGGCUUCUUCACAGGUUCUAUCAGUCACCAUCUGGCUCCUCCUCGUGCUGUCUAGUGUGGCAAAACUUCAACGGUUGUUUUAUAUCUAUAUCUAUAUCUGGGGCCUUUACAUCCUCGGUCUAGCUAUCAGCAUUGCCAUCGUUUUUGGCUUCGUUGGAGACAUCCUCGACUAA